AUGGCGCCCCAAAACAAGAAAUCAAGCCGCUCCAACGGCAAAAUCAAGGAACCUCAAGACACUGAUUGUUUGCUUGGCAGAGGCGGUGAAGCCAAUCGUCAUGCUGGAAACCGAAUGUACCUCAAGGUUCUUGAGUCAAACAGUGCCAAAUAUGCCCAAUGUCAGCAACGCAAAGAGAAAACCCAGCUGUCUUGGCAGAUUCUAUACGAUCUUCGUCGCCGGGGGGUCCGGUUCCUCAAGAAGCACAAACCGUCUGGCCGAUACUAUGAGGCGGAUGAUGACGAAGUUCGAAAGAAGAUCAGCCAGCGUCUCCGUGAGCUUGCGCUGUUGAUCAAGAUAUCAACCGAGGACGCGGAGGAUGUAAACGAGCAAGAGAAGACCAUUGGCAACGAGACAGGCCGCAAUCUCGAGGAGGACUUGGAACCGUUGGAUCCUCGGGCUCACUCCAGUGAUCUGGAAACGCUCUUGGCGGCUGUCGAAUAUCUACUCGGACCAUUCACCGUGCCUCCUCUCCAAGCUGUCAUCUCUCCUACGAAUACCGUUUUGGAGGGACACCUGCCCCAAGAACUUUCACUUAUUCCUGCUUCUCCUUCGAAUCUUUUGCCGUCAUCCUUUGCAACUCAAUCUUUCGAUGCCAUGUUUGAUGCCAUGAUUGAACAGGAAGCACAUUUCUUUUGCGAAGACUCUGCGUUUGAGCCGUUGGACGCCAAGGACGUGGAUUACCCCAUGGAAGUGAUCGACUUGUGUUUCAGUACAUAACAUUCCAUCAACCUCGCAACGGUGAAGGCUUUCGCGACAAGAAACUGUGCGAAGAGCUGAAAUCCAUUCGGUGGAUGGGCAGUGUCUCCAUGUCCCAGUGGCCUGCAUACCUACCGGCAGCAGACUGAUUUCGCCCGCUCUUGCUUCGAGACAACAUGCUGGGGAUAGGAUGCAGUCUGCGGUCGUUGUACAUUACACAUACUCUCUCCCUAAUCUUUCUAGGCCACUUAGCUAGAACUUUCAAACCAGUAAUUGAAGAACACUAAUAAUAAUUUCUACAUACUUGCAGAUGUUGGCAUGGAUUUCAGGUGUACAGUACUACGGUAGC